AUGCAGCUGGAACUGGAAAAUAAUAGAGAGAAAUGUAAAGCUCUGGAACUAGAGCUUCAGUUAGAAAAACUUCAAGCAGCCUGGGCUGCUAAUAACUACAACAACAUUGCCACUGCCAAUUCUCCUGUGAGCCGUGAUACAGCCUGGAAUCCUCAGAUUGGCAGCAAACUCCAGUAUAAUCUCUACGACCCUGAUAACCGUGUUGGCAAGGCAAUUAGCCAGUUCAAAGAAGAUAUCAAGAACAUUCACAAUACCAAGGACUCAACUUCACAGGAAGGAUAUAUGACCUCUACAGCUCUUGCAAAUGAGAAGAUGGACGAUAUACACUCCUACUUCAAUAAAUUUCACGCAGCUCUCAUCAAGUUAGAGAUGCUGAAGAUGUCCUCACCUGAGAAUCUGAUAUUGGAUAUCUUUUACUCAGAUCUAUCAACAACAUGGCGCAAUUAUGUCCAGAAGAAUGUUGAAGAGGCUCAGAUCUCAAAAUAUACUGCUGUUGUAUUGAAUGUCAUCUCAAUUAUGAAGGAAAUUCACUCUUAG